UUUAUAUACAUGUAUCUGCACACUAUUUUCAACGUGACAAGGUGUGAGAAUUCAUAAUCUUUGGACCAUUCUUCACAAAUUCUAUAGCAGUAAAAAGAAGUGUCAAAUUACUGAAGGCGCUAUUUCGAAGAUCGUCCUCCAAUGCGUAAUGGGUUGGCAAUGGAUUUAAACCAAAUCCAGUUAGCUUUAAGCUGUUGUGGACGCUUUCAAACUAUCAAACAUGCUAAAUCACUUCAUUCUAUUAUAAUUAAACUUGGCCUUUUCAAUAACGUCUUUCUACUAAACAACAUGAUCUCUGUGUAUGCAAAAUGUUCCCAUUUCGACGAUGCACAAACCCUUUUCGACGAAAUGCCUCACAGGAACAUAAUUUCCUACACAACAAUGGUCUCUGCAUUCACCAAUUCUGGGAGGCCCCAUGAGGCUCUCACACUAUACAACCACAUGCUGGAAUCCAGAACAGUGCAACCCAAUCAGUUCCUGUACUCUGCGGUUCUCAAGGCAUGUGGUCUCGUGGGUGAUGUUGAAUUGGGCAGGUUGGUUCACCGACAUAUAUCUCAAGCUAAGUUGGAGUUUGACACUGUUCUGAUGAAUGCCCUCUUGGACAUGUACGUCAAAUGUGGGAGCUUGAGGGAUGCAAAGCGAGUUUUCCAUGAAAUUCCGUGUAAAAAUUCCACCUCAUGGAACACCCUCAUUCUUGGACAUGCUAAAGAGGGUUGCAUGAGGGAUGCGUUGAAUCUGUUUGAUCAAAUGCCAGAACCAGACCUUGUGUCUUGGAACAGCAUCAUUGCUGGUCUUGCAGAUAAUGCUAGCCCCCAUGCUUUGCAUUUUGUUUCUAUGAUGCACGUGAGGGGCCUUAAACUUGAUGCAUUCACAUUCCCAUGUGCCCUCAAAGCGUGCAGUCUUUUUGGCGAGUUAACCAUGGGGAGACAAAUUCAUGGCUGUAUUAUCAAGUCAGGGUUUGAGUGUAGCUGUUAUUGUAUAUCAGCAUUGAUUGAUAUGUAUUCGAAUUGCAAGCUAUUGGAUGAAGCGAUGAAGAUAUUUGAUAAGAACUCUCCUCUUGCUGAAAGCUUGGCAGUAUGGAAUUCCAUGCUUUCUGGGUAUGUUGCCAAUGGAGAUUAUGUGAAGGCUCUCAGUCUGAUUGCUUGUAUGCAUCAUUCUGGUGCACUGUUUGAUUCCUAUACCUUUAGUAUUGCUUUAAAGGUCUGCAUCUAUUUUCAUAACUUAAGAUUGGCGUCUCAAGUGCAUGGAUUGGUCAUCACAAGUGGCUAUGAGUUAGAUUAUGUUGUUGGUAGCAUUCUUAUUGAUCUAUUUGCUAAACAGGGAAAUAUUAACUAUGCAUUAAGAUUGUUUGAAAGCUUGCCGGAUAAAGAUGUUGUGUCUUGGUCAAGUUUGAUUGCUGGUUGUGCUAGAUUUGGUUCAGGAACAUUAGCUUCUUCCCUCUUUAUGGAUAUGGUUCAUUUGGAUCUUGAGAUUGAUCAUUUUGUCCUUUCAAUCGUUCUGAAAGUUUCUUCAAGUUUGGCAUCACUUCAAAGUGGCAAGCAAAUUCAUUCUUUCAUUCUUAAGAAGGGGUAUGAAUCAGAGGGAGUUAUUACAACUGCUCUUAUUGAUAUGUAUGCAAAAUGUGGUGAGAUUGAGGAUGCCUUAGCUUUGUUUCAUUGUCUUUCUGAAAUAGAUACCAUGUGUUGGACAGGGAUCAUUGGGGGAUGUGCACAAAAUGGAAGAGCAGACGAGGCAAUUAGUCUUCUGCGUAAGAUGAUAGAAUCUGGUACAAAGCCAAAUGAAAUCACCAUUCUAGGUGUUCUCACUGCAUGUAGACAUGCUGGCCUAGUUGAAGAGGCAUGGACUAUAUUUAAGUCUAUCCAAACAGAGUAUGGAUUGACACCAUACCCAGAACAUUACAAUUGUAUGGUUGAUAUACUUGCUAAAGCAGGACGUUUUAAAGAAGCAAGAAAAUUGAUUAGUAACAUGCCAUUUAAGCCUGAUAAAACUAUAUGGUGCUCCUUGCUUGGUGCCUGUGGAACUUACAAGAAUAGACAUCUUGCAAAUAUCGUUGCUGAGCAUCUUCUUGCUACCUCGCCAGAAGAUGCUUCUGUGUAUAUAAUGCUGUCAAAUGUUUAUGCAUCACUUGGAAUGUGGGAUAAUUUAAGCAAAGUGCGAGAAGCUGUCCAAAAAGUAGGCAUAAAAGGAGCUGGAAAAAGCUGGAUCGAGAUCCCUAGUUGAGAAUAAUGAUUUUUUGAAUGGCUUGGUUCAGCUAGCUUAAUUCCUCGUAAAUAAGAUAUUUCCAAACAAGUCACUUAUGUGACUGGAAUUUGAACUGUAAAAGACAGUCUUUAUGUUUUGGUGACUGUCAGUACAAUCAGAAAGUAAUAGCGCAGAAGUGUCAAAUUAAAGGACGUUUAGAUGGAAGAUACUACGCCAAAGAAUGCAGCAGUUCAGUCCGAUUAGCUUUUUAUACUUUCUAUUGCCAUGGGGUUUCACACGUCCAAUGCUGCCUCUCCAACAAAGAGAUAAAAGCUAAAAAGAAAUCAUCUGGUCUCAGCUCCUCUUUUAGCAAGGUUCAGCAGCUUGACAUUUUUAGCAUAUGGUGAGGUGAUGUGCGAAUUUGGACUAUCAUGUCAUCUGUCACUUCACUUGUUGGCAUUAUAUCAUAUGUCAUGUCAUAUGUCAACACCACGUUAUUUAAUAAAUUUUUUUUUAACAGAAUGAUCAA